UGCAACAGCUUUACCAACGAUCAGUUUCCCCUGAAGUCGCGCUAAAUCAUGUCAGCUCCUCAAAAUGCAGCCGUAGUUCUGACGGGUGGCUGCCUCUGUGCAGCCAUUCGAUACGAGGUAUCAUUCCGAAAGGACGGUCAAUGGCCACCAGUGUCUGAAAGCUGCCAAUGCACGAUGUGCCGGAAAUGGACCGGUGCCUUGAUUUAUCAGUACCUGUCUGUCUCUCCAGAUCAAGUCUCCCCACCAUUCAACUCGUUCCCGACAUACAAAGAAUAUCCUUCAUCAUCCGGCCGAUACCGUGGGUUCUGCGGUCAGUGCGGUAGUUCUUUGAUCUGGAGGUCAGACAGAGAGAGUGAGCGCCAAUCGUGUGAUCUUCUGCUUGGAAGUAUAGACGAGCGAUGGCUUGUGGGAGAAGAAACAGAGAGUGGAAGGGCCGGUGGAUUUGGCAAGAUACUUUGCAAGCCCUCUGGGGCACAGCACUGGCGUGGAAAUGCCAUCGAAGGUGUAACGGACUUCCUCUAGACGAGGUCCAUCGCACUGGGAAGGAGGCAGUGUAAUUCAACAAUCAGCUUCUACUGUAAUGUUUAUUAUUAUCUACACCACAGAAUGAACCAAAACACACGCACCUCGCAUGCAGGAUGAGGUCAUUGCUAG